AUGUCAGCCUUCUUCUCUUCUUGUGCCACAACUGGGUUGUCCCCAACUCUCCUCCCUGCCCUCCUGCCCUCCUGCCCACCUGCCUGCCUGCUAUUCCCGACUCCAUUUCUUCCCUCACCACCCUCGACGGCAUGUCAGCCUUCUUCUCUUCUUGUGCCACAACUGGGUUGUCCCCAACUCUCCUCCCUGCCCUCCUGCCCGGCUGCCCGCCUGCCUGCCUGCCUGCCUGCUAUUUCCGACUCCAUUUCUUCCCUCACCACCCUCGACGGCAUGUCAGCCUUCUUCUCUUCUUGUGCCACAACUGGCCUUCUUCUCUUCUUGUGCCACAACUGGGUUGUCCCCAACUCUCCUCCCUGCCCUCCUGCCCUCCUGCCCGCCUGCCUGCCUGCCUGCCUGCUAUUCCCGACUCCAUUUCUUCCCUCACCACCCUCGACGGCAUGUCAGCCUUCUUCUCUUCUUGUGCCACAACUGGGUUGUCCCCAACUCUCCUCCCUGCCCUCCUGCCCUCCUGCCCGCCUGCCUGCCUGCCUGCCUGCUAUUCCCGACUCAUUUCUUCCCUCACCACCCUCGACGGCAUGUCAGCCUUCUUCUCUUCUUGUGCCACAACUGGGUUGUCCCCAACUCUCCUCCCUGCCCUCCUGCCCUCCUGCCCGCCUGCCUGCCUGCCUGCCUGCUAUUCCCGACUCCAUUUCUUCCCUCACCACCCUCGACGGCAUGUCAGCCUUCUUCUCUUCUUGUGCCACAACUGGGUUGUCCCCAACUGCCUCCCUCCCUCCCUCCCUCCCUGCCUCCCUGCCUCUGCCUGCCUGCCUGCCUGCUAUUCCCGACUCCAUCUCCACCCUCACCACCCUCGAGGGCAUGUGGGUGAGCCUUCUCUUCUUGUGCCACAACAGGGCCGUCACCAACUGCCUCUCUCCCUGCCUCACCGUCGUGUACAAAAGUCAUGUUCGAGCCUUUGCAGUGACAGGCAGCCUAUGCAUUCAGCACUUUUCUCAUGACUCAACCAAUACACCCCUUACCAUGUCCUGCAGUUUACUCAACAACAACCAGCUGACAGGCACCAUCCCAUCAGCCAUAUUCACCACGACGAAUCUGAAAUACCUCCCGCACUGCUCUUGCAUUGCAUGUGCUGCUUCUGAUCGCACUGUCUCCCUGACAUUGCUAUUGUCAUUGCCCGUCAGCUACAAUGUCUCCCUCUCGUCACAAUUGUACUGCCUCCCUCCCAACCGUCUCCCUGCCAUUGCCAUUGCCCGUCAGCUACUUUAG